AUGGUAUAGAAUUUGAUCAAUGAUAAAACAGAAUAUAAUUAUCGAAACACUGAUGAUUACGAUACAAUAGCAAUUUCAAAAGAUAGAAAAAAUUUAGUAUUUUCUUCAGGUAACCAAGUCUAUUUUUAUGAAAAUUUAGAUCACUAAGAAUUCAAUAAAUUGGGAGAGAAUAUUAAAUUCUUAAAUUUUUCAUUCUCUUAAGAUUCAAAAUAUUUAGCAGGAUGUGGAACUAAUAAUAUAAUUUAUUUUUGGGACUUUAAAGCAAGAAAAGUGAUGGCUAAAUUUGAAGGCUAUUCAGAAAAAGUUAAUGUAGUCUAAAUUUCUUAAGAUAAUUCAACAUUAGCAUCUUGUAGUGAUGACAAAUUGAUAAGAUUAUGGAAUUUAAAGGCUAACUUUAACAGGAUAACUUAGGAUGGACAUGAGAAUAGAAUUAGCAAUAUAAUGUUUUCAGCAGAUAGUUUGUUAUUAUAUUCUAGUGGAGCUAUAGAUUAUACUCUAAAAUUAUGGGAUAUGGAACAUAAGGUCCUAAUAAUUUCAAAGACUUUUGAUUACUUAAUAAACUCUUUUUCAAUUACACAAAAUUAGGAUUAUCUCAUCAUAACACAAGGAGAAACAGUUGAAUUAUGGAAUAUUUAAUAUAUUUAAGCAAUUCAAAAAUCUUUAUUUGAGAUAAUUCCUGGUGGAUGCCCCUCUUAUAAUUUUACGAUAAAAGGAAACAUUCAAAAGAUUUAAUUGUUAUCAAAUGAUAAAUAGUUUGUUACAUUAACCUUGUUUACAUAUAAAGAGUAUAAUAACUAAGAAUACUAUUUUUCUUUAGCAGAGAUCUGGGAGAAAAAUGAUAAAAUUGAUGAGUCAGCUAUAUUAUAUGAAUAUGAUGAAAUUGAAAUAAGGCUUUACUAAAUCUCUUAAGAUUUUAAAUUUAUAUGUUCUGUAGACUCUCAAAAUGAAUUAAUUUUAGGUGAGUUAUCUCUAGACUCUAAACCAAAUUUGAUAAAAUUGAAAUAGCAUAAUAAUGAUAAAAUCAUUAAUCUUCUCUUUUCAAAUGAUUCUAAAAUAUUAUCAUCAGUUGAUAGUUAAAUUGUAGUAUUUAGAAUUUUAGAUGGCGAUUAAUUACUUUGUAAGCUUAAUAUAAACAUUGAACCUGAUGAUUUUUUUCAAUAUUUUACAGAUGAUGACAAAUUCUAUUAUACAAAUUUUAAGAAUUAAAUAUACCUAUGGAAUGUUAAUCAUUUAGUUCAAGAUUAAAAUUUUUCAAUUUCUCAGUUAGAAUUAAAUUUAGAAAAUGUUGAUAUUCAAUAUUUUACAAUAUCUAACAAUCUAAAGCAUUUAGUAAUUGGACUUAAUGAUAGUCAAAAUAAUAAUAUUUUAAGAGUAGUGGAAUUAAAUUCAAUGAUAACAUUAAAAAAUAUUGAUUAAAAAAGUAAAAUUAAACUAUUAUUAUUUUCUGAUGAUGAUAUGCUUUUGGCAUUAGCUAAUGAAUUAAAUGAAAUAUUAGUUUAUGAAAUAAAUCAAUUUACAAUAAAGCAUUCUUUUCAAUGCCAUUAAGCCUCGAUAAUUAAGAUGUAGUUCUUCUUUUAUAAAGAACCUUUAGAAAUAGAAAAUAAUGAUGAACCUUAAUAAAUGGAUAAUUUAGAUGAAUAAAAUAUUUAAAUUGAAAAUAAUGAAUAAGAAAAUGCUGAAGGUUAACCUUAAUAAAUUGAAAACAUUUAGGAAGACAAAAAAGUUAUAAUCUAAAAAUCAAUUUUAAGUUUAAUAUCUUUCGAUAAAGAUUAUUCAAUUGCAAUAAAUUAUUUGGAUAAUUUAAAUACUCAUAAUUAGGUACAACAGUUACCUAACAAAUCUGUCGAUGAAAUUAAGUAAGUUGUUUUUACUAAAGAUACAUAGACACUUGCUGUAAUUACAUAUGAUAACAAUAAUAGUUAAUAGUGUGUUAUUUAUAAUUGGGAUCAAAAUAAGUAUAGCUUAUUUAAAAACAUCAAAGAUUGUUGGGUUGUUGAUUUUUGUUUUGAUUAAAAUUAUUUAGUUUAUUGUAAUUGGAGAGCCGAUUUAUACUUAUAUGACUAUUAAAAAGAUUUUGGUUUUUUUGAGAGUGAAGAUAUUAAAAUUAAUUACAAUAAUUAUUACCCAAAUGAGCCAUUUACUUUUCUUAAAAUAAGUUCACCAAACUCAAUUUUAUUUUUAGGGGAUAAUUAAUAUAUGUUUUGUUGGAAAUUCUGCAAGGAAGAAGAUUAGGUGCAAUUAAUAUUGUUAAAGAAAAUAGAAUAUAAUAAUUUUGAUUACACAACAAUGUUUUUGAGAUAGGAUUCUCAGAUAUUUUGCUUAAUGAAUAAUAAAAUAAAAAAAUUAGAUUUCUUAGAUGCAAUUGAAAAACUCAAAUCAUGUCUUAUAUAUUACUCUUACGAAGAUUAAAGAUAUGAAUAUUAGAUUAAAAAACUAAAAGCACCUAACAUUUAAUUUAAACACUGCAGUUUUUCUUCAGAUCUAUCAUUAUGUGUUAGUGUAGGAUAAGGGAGACUAUUUGUAGUUUAAUCCAACCAUGUAAGAUCAUAAUAAUAAUACAAAGAAUACUUUAAAUACUUAAUCUUAUGGAAUAUUAAAACCUAAAAAUAUUAUACUUUAAUAGAAACAUACACCAUAAAAAUUGACUAUAUUAAAUAUCCUAUUUUAUUUACUGAUGUUGCCGUAUUUAUUCCUAAUUAAAAAAUUAUGGUUUCAAAUAAGGAUAGCACUAUUGAAUUUAGGAAUUGCCAAGAUUUUGAUUCUAUCACAACAAUUGCAACUAUUGAUAAUGAACGUAGAAUUAAAAAUUUAAUAGUCUCCUAAGAUGGAAAAUUGUUAAUUUCUAUUUGUGAAAUUUGUAUUUUCAAGCUUUGGAACAUCAGUGAAAUUAAUUAAAUCACUCUAUAACGAGUCAUUUACUAUGAGAAAGAAUUAACUCAUUAUCGAUUUACAAAGGAUAUUUGUUGUUAUAGUCUCUAUUAAAGGAAGGAUGAAAAAAAAUACUAUUUGGAAUCACUCAAUCUCACAAAAUAUCCAGCUAUCUAUGCCUUUUAAUCAUUUUAGUAAUUCAUUACAUUUUCAAUUAUGUAGUAAGAAACUAUUAUUGCAUUAGGAGGAGAAUAAUUGGUCCUUUGGAAUUAUAAGAGUAAUCAAAGUAAAACUAUAGUUGAAAAAAAUGAUGAAUAUUUUUCUUAAAUAGUUUUUGGAAAUAAUAGUAAUAAUUUAGCAGCUGCAAGAGGCUGUGUCAUUUAUUUAAUUAAAGAAGUAACUGAAACUUUAGAUUUUACUUCAAUUUUAGAAUUAAAAGGACAUUAAGGUAAAAUCGUAUGCUUAUCUAUUUUGCAUGAUAAUUAAAUGAUUGUAUCAGGUUCAUAAGAUAAAACUAUUAGAUUUUGGAGCAUCAAAUAAUUAGCCACUGUUUAUAUCCUUAGAGACUUUAUAGAAAUUAUUUCAAAGAUAACACUAUCUCCUAAUUGUAAAGAUAUGGCUGUGGCUAUGGAAGAUGGAUCUAUCAGACUCUUUGUUCUUCAGUUUCCUGAAGAUAUUCAUGAUUUAAAAUUAGAUGAAAUUAAUAAUUAAAGUGAUUAUGUCCAUUGUUAUAAAGUCUUUGGAAGAUAAUGUUUGAUAUCUGCAAAAAAUUGUAAUUUAUAAGGUGCAGUAAUAGAACAGGAUGGUAAGUCAUUAGAAGCAUUAUUCCUUUAGAAAGCGGCCAUUAAAGCAGACAAGAAAAAAGACAAGUAAGCAUUUAUUAUUAAUAAUAAAUGAAUAUUUUUCAUAUAAGGAAUUAAAUAAGAAUUAUAUAUAUUAAUUAUUAUAUAAAUAUUUAAUUCUAUAAUUAUUUAUGUAUUUUAAAUAUUUAUUUUUUUCAUUACUUAUAUGGAUUAACUUUGGAAUUAAUACAGAUUAUGACUGUAUUUCAAAUAGACAUUGUUCAAACGAGAUGUAGCAUAUACUGUCACAAGUAUUUAGUGAAAUAUUACAUAGGAAGGAGAAAGUUAAGUAGUUUUGUUCUAUUGUAUGAGGAAUACAAGGAUAUCAUCUUAAUUAUUGAAUGUUAGAUAAUUUAUUGAGUGUCUUAGAGGGAAAUAAACAGAAUAAAUAUAACCUUUGAUAAGAUGUGCAGAUGAGAAUUGUUUGUGA